CAUGUCAUUUGACGUUUGGGAUUGGGACUUUUUUGUUUACGUUUUAUACCACGUGUAGAAUAAAGUUAAUAAGUUAAUUAUUAAAGUAUAAAAUGGCUAAGGUAAAGGUAAAGAAGAAUAAAAAUAUAGUUAAACAAGUCAAAGAAACGCCAAAAGAUGAAAAUGUACUUGUACUGCCACCUGUGCGUAUGUCCAAUGACCCAACACCAAAGCAGGUUAAAUGGAUAAACAGACAGCGAGUGUUAGUGUUCGCUGCCCGCGGUAUCAACCAUCGUCAUCGGCAUUUAAUGGAAGAUUUAAAAAAGUUAAUGCCUCAUCAUAAAAGUGAAUCUAAAAUGGAGCGAAGUAAAAACUUGUAUGUAGUCAAUGAAAUCAGUGAGAUGAAGAAUUGUAAUAAAUGCAUUCUCUUCGAAGGCAGGAAGAUGAGAGAUUUAUAUAUGUGGCUAGCCAAUGUUCCAAAUGGACCUAGUGCUAAAUUUCUUGUUGAAAAUAUUUACACAAUGGGCGAACUCAAGAUGACUGGCAAUUGCCUCAGAGGAUCCAGACCUCUUUUAUCUUUUGAUCCUCAGUUUACAAAAGAUGCUCAUUAUAGUCUUCUAAAGGAACUUCUCGUGCAGAUAUUUGGAGUUCCUAAACACCAUCCUAAAAGUCAACCGUUCUUUGACCAUGUUUACACUUUCAUGAUUUUGGACAACAGGAUUUGGUUUAGAAAUUACCAAAUAUUAUCAGAGGAUGGAGCACUUGCAGAAAUAGGACCAAGAUUUGUUUUGAAUCCUGUUAAAAUAUUUUCUGGAUCAUUUGGUGGAGUUACACUAUGGGAGAAUCCAAAGUAUGUCACCCCGGCAAAACUCAGACAGGCAUAUUCUAAGAAAGCUGGAAACAAGUACGAGACAAGGAUUGAAAAGAAAGUGAUGAAUGAAGCUACUAGACCAGAAACUGGUUACCCUGAUAUAGAGGGAGCAGAUUUCUUUAAGGGUGACCCCUUGAAAAAAGCUGAAAAUGUGCUUAUGGAAGAAGAAAUAAAAGAAGAGCCCGAAUCCAUGGAUGAAGACGCCGAGAAUGUUAAACCCAAACCAGUUUUCAGUAUGAAAAAGUCCAAAAGCAAACCAGACAUGGCUAUCAGGCGUAAACAACUUAAAGCCAAAAGCAAAGCUAUUUCCGAUCAAAUAAAGAAAAGAAAACAAUUCAAAAGGAAGAAGCCUGUGAAAUAGGAUUAUUUUUAAUAAAUAAAACAUUCAUGUCCACA